CUGUUUAAUUUACCUUCUAACCAGCAUGGCGGCUCUCUGCACGCAGAUUCUGGUUUUAUGCUCUUAGGUGAAUCGUUGGAAUUCAUGUAAACACUGGAAGACCUGCCAGUCUCAUGCUCGCUACAACACCAACACUGAACGGUCAAUACCCUUCUUUUUAAAUUUAGUAAAAUUUUAAGUGUUUGGAAGAUGUAUCGUCGAGGAGCUGCGAAGAGGGAUCACAACAACAAACCAGCGAAGAAGGAUGUGAGCGACAGCGAUAAAUACGCCGACCUGCUUGUUUUCGGCUAUGCCUGCAAACUCUUCCGGGAUGACGAAAAGGCUCUUUACCACGAACAUGGAAAGCAUCUUAUCCCAUGGAUGGGGGACAAGAGCAUCAUGAUUGAUAGGUCGGUUGAACAAACUUAGACCGAAACCGUUUGCUAACCCUCUCUGCUAGCCUGUUUCAAAAUUCAAGGGACAACUCGGAUGUUUAUUGUCGUAAGCUUCGGGAAAACCUGUACCUGACGACAUUUUGAUGUUUUCUUUCUGCUAACUUGUCUCCUGAUGUCUUGAACUUUCAACAAAUGCUGUCUGAUAUCUACAAUGACAUGCUAACAUGCAGAUGGCUAACGCUAGCCUCAAUGGGCCUACAAAUACGCAUGCGCACACAGAAUUCAAAAUUAAAAUGGACUAUAAAGCAAUAAAUUUAACCAUAUUUGAACUAUUUUGUGUCAUUUUAAAGUAGGCUUUGCAUUUUGGCAUGUUUGGAGAAUUUCCCGUGGAGAUAUCAGUUUUAAAGUGAAUAUUUGCAUUAAAGUUUUGCCUAACUAUUUUUUUUCUGUCAUUUUCUUGCCUUAAAUGUUGAGGUGUUUUAUAUGCCUUGUUAUAUUUUGCAACAUUAAAGCAAAAUCUAACCAGAUUGAGUCCCUGUAAUCAAGGUGGUUCAUAAAAAAUACUUAAGGCUGUGCUUUCUCUCAGUUAAAAAUCCUAUUUUCAAAGUGGUUAUAUUGGGAACUUUAUUGUUACUACAUGUAAACCACCUUGGUGUGCAGUGACCCAGCUUAUAUUUCAUUUGUGCACAGUUUGUAUGUGUGUCUUUAUCACAUAACCCGGUUUUUCCCCAGCAAGUUAGGCUUAGGGGUCCUUCCAAACCCCGAAUGCCCUCCACAGCCUCCCAUUUCUUUGUGUCCAUGAAGAAACUACAGCAGAGCGAUGCCGUAGAGGGACGAACCUUGGAAAAUGUCGUCCAUUUGGGUUCUUACGGAUAGAUACGAUGGCCGUGGUCACUUACAUGACCUGUCAGAGUAUGACAGCGGGUCAUGGAAUACAUCCUACCAGCUGUCAGAGGAGGAGGCCCGGAUUGAGGCACUCUGUGAUGAAGAGAGGUAUCUGGCUCUGCACACUGACCUGUUAGAGGAGGAGGCCAGACAAGAGGAGGAGUACAAACGACUGAGUGAAGCUCUGGCUGAUGAAGGCACUUACAAUGCGGUGGCCUUCAAAUACAGCGCCGACUACUAUGACCCCUCACAGCCCACAGAAGAGGAGGAGGCCAACAGGGAGUCUGAGGAGGCGGAGCCUGCUGAGAGUGAAGAACCAUUUGUUGCGCCCCCGGGACUUGAUAUUCCUCCAGACGUUGAGUUGCCAGCGACUGUGAAGACCCACAACAUUAUUGAGAGGACAGCCAACUUUGUGUGUCAGCAGGGAGCUCAGUUUGAGAUCGUGCUGAAAGCAAAGCAGGCUGGUAAUUCCCAAUUUGACUUCCUGCGCUUUGACCAUUACCUGAACCCUUAUUACAAGCACAUCCUGAAGGCCAUGAAGGACGGCAAAUACAAAGUGGCCUCUGCUGGGAAGCAAGAACAAUCGCAGGAGUCAGAUUCUGAUGAUUCCGAUGAUGAUUGUGAUGGAAACUACCUCCAUCCUAGUCUUUUUGCCCCCAAAAAGUGCUCCCGCCUGGAAGAGCUUACAAAGCCUCUCAAAGUGAUGGACCCCGAUCAUCCGCUGGCUGCACUCGUUCGGAAAGCUCAGCAGGAAAGAAACGGACUGGCACCAGCAGAACCCAAAACAGAAGAGGCUCCAGCCAGCACACCCAUCCAGUAUUCUGCUGAGCCUGUAAUGUACUACGGCUACUACAUGCUACCAGAUGGGUCGUGCUGCUUUGCCCCUCCCCCCCCAGGUGUGGAUGCCACGGCAUACUACAGUAGCAUGCCCUCUGGUGCCAUGGCACCCCCCGCUUCUACUGAAGCUUUGCAGCAGGUCGGGGCGGCCCCUACACCCGCUGAAGCUGUCACAGUGGCAGCUCCUGCUGCUGCAGCUCCCCUCCAAGUCUCCAACUCCACGACUCCCGUCAGCGUAUCGGAGACCAGCUCAAAAGUCUCCACACCAGCACCACAAGCCAUCGUUCCUCCUCCACCCGACAUCCAGCCCGUCAUCGACAAGCUAGCUGAGUACGUCGCCCGGAACGGGCUAAAGUUUGAGGCCAGCGUCCGCGCCAAGAACGAUCCCCGGUUCGACUUUCUGCAGCCUUGGCAUCAGUACAACAUCUAUUAUGAGUUUAAGAAGAAUUACUUCAUGCAAAAAGAGGGCAGAGGCUUGUCAGAGAGUGGAAAAGAAAACGAUCUUGAAUCCGACAAGUCAGACGACGGGUCAAAGCUGUCGAAAGCCUCUUUCGCGCCCAUCAGUUUUGCCAUCAAACCCAAGGAAAACGACCUGCUUCCUUUGGAGAAGAACCGAGUGCGACUGGAUGACGACUCCGACGAGGACAAGUUGCUGGAGGAGGAAAGUCUGGAGGCUGUGAUGAGCGGUGUUGAAAUGGCCGUGAAGGAGGCGGUGCCAGUGACCACACCUGACGAAAAGAGAGCCGGCCCCAGUUUGGAGGAACUGGAAGCAAAACAAGCCAAGCAGAAACUGGAGGAUCGUCUUGCAGCUGCAGCCAGGGAGAAGCUGGCCCAGGCGUCGAAGGAGUCCAAGGAGAAACAGCUGCAGGCGGAGCGGAAGAGGAAGGCAGCGCUCUUCCUACAGACUCUGCGCGGCCCAGCCGCUGGAGAGCCCGAGGCCAAGAGAGCCGAGCUCGACGCGUAUGCACAACUUGAGAUGCAAGAAGCCUUGUCUGCUCUGUGUGAUCCUGCACCUGCUGAAGUUUAUCAGGCAACAACUUUUUGUCAUCAAGAUCAAAGGCACUCGACGGAGAACAACGAAACCAAACGCAGCAGGGAAAUUUCCCACAUCUCAUCGUCCUCUUACUCCACGUCCAAAGUCUCAGAGAGAGACCGAGACAGAGACCGAGACAGAGACCGAGACCGCAAUAGAGAUCGAGACCGAGAAAGAGAUCGGGACAGAGACCGCAUGAAAGGGCGGGAUAGAGACAAAAAGAAAAAGAAGCACAAACGGAGGUCAAGAUCACGGUCGAGAUCGAGAUCAAAGACCAGCCACUCCCUUCCUAGUGCCUACAGACGAUCCCGCAGAUCCCGAUCUCGUUCACACUCACCAGGGAGGAGGGACAGGAGGGGCCACUCAGCAGAAAGGAGGCGUGAUGAGAGAGAUCGCUAUCAUCCCAGUAGCAGCUCCAGCUUGCAGAGAAGGCAUUCAAAGUCCAGGUCCCCUCCUGAAAAAGAGAAACGUUCCUCGUCGACUUCAAAAAACAUGCAAACUACAAGCUCCUAUCUCUCACCUUAUUCCUCUCCCCGAGUUCUGUCCCAGUCAGCCAGCCCGGCAUCAAGCUUCGGCCAAUCCAGGGGCGCUUCUCAAGAGAAAGACAAACCAGUGUCCUCAUCCAUAGUAUCCUCUGUGCAGUCCAAAAUAACUCAGGAUCUGAUGGCCAAAGUGAGAGCCAUGCUUGCCACCUCCAAGACCUUCCAGCCCCCCACUUCCUAGAUACAAGCGGCCCUGCAGCCGUUUUCUGGGUUUCUUCAUGACUGUUAAUGUCAUUAGUCAGGAGGACGUUCCGAUGAAAUCACAGUGGAAAUGUUUGGGGGGCGUCUGGAAUCAAAUGCAAAAUUUUACUGUUUUUGUUUUGUUUUUGUUUUUAAUGAUGUCAGUCAUUUUGACAGCAUUACCUGAAGCUGCUGUAAAUCUAAACGACCUUCUAUGAAGGUUUAUGUUUUGAUAACUUAAUUCUCUCUUACAUCUUUCUUUGCUCUUUCCCGUCUGCAACUCAUCGCUCUUCUGUUUUUUUGGGGUUUUUUUUAUUUUUAGUCAAACGUUUGUUCUUUGGCUGUAGUAAUGUGGCCUUCUAUUUCUGUUCUUGGUAUGUACUGUAAUAAAACUAAUGCAGAACAACUUCUAAUCUGAACAGUCAAUAAAGUUUCAGUUAAGAUUCA